AGGCCUGCCAGCGCGAGCUGUUCGUGCAGCGGCAGCACCGCUUCCUCGUGCGGCGCUGCGGCGGCGGCGGCGGGGAAGGCUCCCCGGGACUGUUCGUGCGGCGGUGCGGCGAGCCGCUGGGCCGCGGCGGCCUCGCGGAGGGGCGGCUUGCGCCCGGGGAGCUGGCGGAGGGCUGGGGCGCGCUGGAGUUCAGGUGCGCGACGCUGCGUGGCUGCGGGUUCCCCGCGGCGCGCGGUGGCGAGGAGCGCGCCGAAGGCGCAGAAGCGACCAUCUGGGACUUCGGGGCGCAGCUCGGCAUCGAGGCGCCGCCAGUGCCGCCCCCGCCGCCGUCCGCCCCCGGGGCCGCUGGCCACCGCCCUGGCUCUGCGGAGACGGGCGCCGCCCGCGCGCCCGACCGACGACACGCACCGCUCGUCGAGGCGACGUGCGGCCGCGAGGCCGCUACCUUCGAGCUCGGGGGCCCUGGCGAGCUGACGGAGGCGGAGUGGCAGGAGGGCCGGGACCACUUCGUGUUCGUCGGCACGCUUUUCGACCACGUCGUCGUGGACACGGGCGCCGCGCACGUCCCGGGCCUCUGGUACUACCACAUCGGGUGCCCCAGAGACCGCGGUGGAAGACGAUUAUCUGCAUGGAGAGUUCGCGUCUGUGAUGGCAUGCCAUUCGACAUAAUGAUUGUCGCCUUGGAGAAAGAGUGGAGGCACGUUGCCAAGUUCCAGCUGCGCGCGGAGCUCAGCGGCGGCAUCCGGGAGGCCACGCGGUGGGCCAUCGAUCGGCGCGUCUCCUGAGGCGCGUGCCGCCCUGCCGAUGCCCUGCUCCGCAACCUUCCCCCCGCAACCUUUGCCACGCAAC